UUGUUUUUUUGUUGUGUUUGUAAAUUUUAAUUUUAAAUCAUGGAAUCUGCAACCGGAAAUUCUCAGUGUUUAACUACAGCCACUACAUCCGCCUCUAAUACAAAUUCUUCCACAUCUUCUGCGGCCACCGCCACCACAUCUCUAACAUCCUCCUUAUCACUCUCAACGCUACAAAACUCAACAGCGUCUUGUUCUACUGUCAAUGCUUCGCCGGCUUCUAUUACCAGCACCAGCAAUUUGACCGCUACAGGAAAUUUACCUUCUGUCACAUCUGCCUUAGUUGCCGCUCAUCAUCAUCAUCAUCAGCAGCAGCAACAUCAACCUCAUCAUACACCUUUAUUGCAAAUUUUACCCCUGGAUACAACUGGCUUAAGACAGGAUGACAGCAAUAAUCUGUCUUUAGCCAGCGGUUUAUCGGAAGGUCAACGUUCAUUAUCGGCCGCACCGUCGGCUUCUUCAAGUCCGAUCUUAAGUCCUCCGGGUAAAAUUUUUGGACGGAAUGCCAAUGGUACAAUGGUGGCCACUUCCCGUCCUAGCAAUGAAGCUGAAAUCCAAUUAUAUCGUGUGUUGCAAAAAGCCAGUUUGUUGGCUUACUAUGAUACUUUAUUGGAGAUGGGUGGUGAUGAUGUACAGCAAUUGUAUGAAGCUGGCGAAGAAGAGUUCCUAGAGAUAAUGGCUUUGGUGGGCAUGGCCUCUAAGCCUUUGCAUGUUAGACGUUUACAAAAGGCUUUACACGAAUGGGCCUUAAAUCCCUCGCAAUUCCAAAGUCUGGCUAGUAAUUCCGCUCAAUAUGAUACACCCGCCAAAAAUACCCCAAUUUUCAAUUUAGAAGCCCCUGCAACGGUGGCUGCAGUACGUGCCAAAUUCCCUGCCUUUAAUGCCACAUCCUCUUUCCAUCCCACACCCUUAAUAAAUACCCAUGCCCCAGCACCUUCUGCCCAUUUGUUGUCACAAAUUUGUUCAUUACCUUCGCUACCCGCCCACAAUCCCACACACAUUUUAACUCCCACUCCACAUUUAGCCACACAAGAAAGACCUCUUGCUUUAGCUACCAAUCCCACCUUGACAGUUGUCUCUAAUACAGCCCAUCAGGUAACCUCCAGCUCACCUCAAUUGACGCCUGUGUUAAGUGAAAUGCAGGUGGCUCGCAUUACCUUGGGAGCCGAGAAAAUUGCCUCUCAAUUGCCCCAGCGUGAGCCACGUGCCCAUACCUCCAAGAAACGCACCAGCCGUGAAUUGGAACAAGUGAUUGCCAUGAGUGAAAAUGAUCCCAGACGUAUGGAUGAAAUCCGUAAGUACUCCGCCAUUUAUGGUCGUUUCGAUUGCAAACGUCGUCCCGAAAAACCCUUGACUUUGCACGAGGUCUGCGUCAAUGAGGCCGCUGCCCAGCUGUGCCGUUUGGUGCCAGCUCUCUUAACACGCCGCGAUGAACUCUUUCCCCUGGCCCGUCAAAUCGUUAAAGAUGCUGGUUUUGGUCAUUCUGCCACAAUAGCUCGUUAUGGUAAUUUACUGACACAAAUGUCUCAAGCCCAGACUUCAACACCUCAAACCCGCUCGGCUACCGCCAUGUUGGACUGUGAGUCUAGCGAAACGAAUUUGACACCAUUGAAGAGACAGCGUUUGUCUUCGUCGGAUGCUUCGUUGAAUAAUUCCGACAGUAAUCGGGAUUCCUUGGAAGAUCCACGCUACAAUUUAUUUGCCAUGUAUCAGAAAUUUGCGGCAAAACCACCAUUUGAUUUGGCCGAUAUAGCUAAAUUUACAUUAAACAAACCCACCGAAUUUGAGGAACAAGAUCAGGAAUCUCGUUUUUCAUUUAGCAAUUCCAGUUCUCCUUCAAUACCAAACACGGGUCCGGAAGAGGAGGUUCCUAAUACUGCCACUUUACUGGAUAAAUCGUUUGUAAAAUCUGAUAGCACCACUAAUAACUCCAUGGAUUUAUCAUCCUCUUGUCAGAGUCCUUUAAUAACUGAAUCUAGUACCCCCUCAAAAGUCUCACAUCUACCUUUGUCGGGUGAUGUUCAAGUCAUAUCGGCUGCUGGCAAUCACAUUAUAGCUGUUGCAAAUCCUGCCUUGGUCAUGAGUCCAACUCUAAAUGAGAGUCUUGCCCUGAAGAGGGAAAAUCAUACACCCGAAUUGUAGUGUUUAGGGAGAAUUGUUUGUUUAAACAAAUUAAAAAAGUGCAAUACUUUGAAAAAAUUUUAAUAUAAAAUUUUGUUAAUAAAACUUUUGUACAAAAAAUAAUUUAAAAAAAAAUAAAUUAAAUAAAUAUAAACUUAAAUUAACUAA